AUGGCACCGACGAUGCGACUUCGUCGGCAGGCGACGCCACCACCUAAGACCAACCACAUCCCAAAAGCCCGCAGCGCUCGAAAGCACACCUCAUAUAUCGAGCCAGCUUCUGAUCCUGAAUUUGACGAUGACGACUAUUCUCGAACACCCUUCUCACCCGCACCGCCAACCCCUCCUCGAAGCUCCCGGAAACGGGUUGUGUACACGGAACCUGGAGACGACCCAAUGGAAGGUUUUAGUCAGGGAGCUGUUGAGCAUUUUUCCUCACCAGUCUCACCGGGAACGACAUACGCCGAGCUUGAAAGCACGAACCAGUCUAUAAAAAAGGAGAUAAAGCGUAAACGCAAAGCAGCCUCAACACCACAACGAUCCACCCGGUCAAAACGACCCAAGUUACGGCAAUUCGGUGCUGACAAGGGUAAGGGGAAAGCAAAGGAACCAGUGAUGAAGAAGAAGGAAUAUGACAUCCAUUUGACAGGCAAAGCAAUGUUAUGGUCAACCCUACCUUACCACAUUCUCGAGAUGAUCUUUGAUUAUGCAUCACGCCCUCUGAUAAAUGAAGACUUCUCACCUACCUUCAACGUCGUCUGGCUCACGCAAAUGGCACGAACCUGCAAGGCAUGUGCAGAGCCUGCCCUUUCAGUACUAUACGCCUCUCCACCGCUUUCUCCACCUAACCGAGUACGCGAACUGGUUGAGCGACUAGAGGCGCAGAACGUUGCUUCAUCCAUGAAUUACAGAGCGAAGAUCAAGUAUUUGGAUUUCGAAGCAAGAGAUAUUCUUGGCCGGAAAUCGGACAGUUUAGAUCCUUUUGAUCUCGCUCGUUUACUGCGUAUAACACCUCAGCUACGCGGCAUAGGCACUCAUUUGCUAUCCGACAACCCAAAAUGGUAUCAGCUGUAUGCCCACAAACGAGUCGCCAAUGUUGCAUACCCCGAAUACAUGCCAGAUAUGCUUAGCAAUGCUGAGUUCAAAUUACAAGAGUGGAUAUGGAAUGCCAACAUGGUCCGCCUUGAAUCAUAUCACAAGCUGCUCCGAGAAACCCAUCCACUUCCCGCCUUUCAAACCAUACGCAAUCUUACAUUUGUCAACUACGACGACAUCAGUCGCGACAAUGGUGAUGGUGACGGCGGGAAAGAGUACACACGAGAUGUUCUCCCAAUGUCGCUACAGGCCUUGCCUUCACUGCGAUCCCUGUCAUUCAAGAGCUCGCCUAUAUUGGAGACGAUGCCUCUGGCCAGGCUGCCCAACAAUCUCACAAGCCUUGAGCUGGUAGAUUGUGGGGUUGAAGCUGCAUCAUUGGGGUUCUUCCUUCAAUCCAAAGGUGAUCAUCUCACCAAACUAGUGCUCAACCACAACCGCCGCCUUAAUCUCGCCUGGCUAAAUCAUCUCGCUGUCGCCUGUCCCAAACUUGAAGCUCUCACGAUGGAUCUCAUCUUCUACAGCGCCUACGCCACCGUAUCAGAUACCGAACCACAGUUCCGUGCUCUCCUCUCCCCUUCUGAUCUUCCUACUUGGCCCCGCUCGCUGCAACGUCUUGAGCUCUAUCACCUUCGCAAAUGGCAGACAUCUGUUGCGAGGACAUUCUUUGACAGUCUAGUCUCCGCGGCCUCCGACCUUGCAGACUUACGAGAGAUCCGUAUUAAAGCAAGUCUUGACGAGAGUGGCUGGCGGGAACGCAUCGCAUUCCGCGACAAAUGGACUCAAAGACUCAGACACGUCUUCUUACGCUCUUCACCACCUCCCAACCCUCACUUCAAAUCAAUUCUCGCUUUCAAAGCAUGGAAGAGGCAGGAAAGACCAACGAAUCGAAAGGAGAGCAAGAGCCUUGUGGAGAUAAAACUACAGAGCGUGCAGGUCCCGGUUACCAACCCACGAGCAGCGGAAGUUGUCGGAGAAAGCGAUAGUGACGCUCCACUUGCAAGCAAAUCAAACAUCCGACGCAGCAGACGCGCAAAAACUCCAAAAGACUACAACGAGACCUCUUCCUCAAAAUCUUCCCUCAAAUCCAGUUUUCCCAACGACUCCCAACGCCGCCGUCGUCGCCGCCGACGACGCAACCCGAACGAUUCCUCCGACGAAGACUCCGCUCUAGAGGACGAUACAGUAACCUUGAUGCCUCGUCGUUUAAGCACCAAGACACCAGGUGGCCGUUCCCUCUCCAUCUCCGCAGCUGGCAUGAACAAUGACAAGGAGGGCACAGACGGCGAAGAGGAGAUGGUCGUACAAGGCAUGUGCGACGUCGUGGACGUUAUGAUCGAUAAUCUACGCCCUACGGAAGAGCAGUUGCACGAGAGUGAUUUUCUGGAUGAGGAGUUGAGUGGGGAUGAGGAUUGGAAUGGGGAAGAUGGGUGGGAGGAUGAGGGGGGUUAUGCUUGGUAG